AUGGAGCGGCUCAUCUGGUAUGAGUUGAUGAGUGGCUUAGCAGGUCCGGAUACACUUUCCCGCAAAUCCCAGGUGCGAUCGGAGCGUAGAUCAGACGUGACCAAUAUUGCUUUCGGUCGACGCAUGCACAUGGCAAGCGUUAGGAGAAGACCGAACAACAUUGGCGAGAAUAUAGGAAAGCCACGGAAGAAGAGAGUGAGACGUCGGAUCGAGCCGAGCACAUGGCCCCCCUGGCGAUCAAGAGCCGCCCUUUCUGCCGUCUUUGCCAAUCGCAGAGACCAUGAUGGGAAGAUUGCAGAUGACCACGAUGAAUAUUACAUUUCCAUUGAGGGAUACAAGGUUGAUGGCUCGAAUGGAUCAGCAAGCAGGGUCCUGUCAUGGCUGUCUGUCCAAUGGGACAAUGGGAUGUUUCAAGCGAAAGAAUAUGGCACGUUGUCAACGAAAGCGAAGCGGUGUAGCAUAGCGCUCGCAUCUAUCGCCGGUCAAAAGAACCCCCCAAGGUUUGUCAGUCUCAGUUUGUACGCGGUGUACGCCUUGAUUGAAUAG